ACUAGUUCUUUCUGUCGAGUAGUUUGACUACAGUACACCCCAACCGCAGUACACCAUGAACGCUCUUCUCGGCCUUCUCGCUCUCGUUUCUGCCGCGUCAGCCGGCUUCGUCGGAGGCUACGGCGGCUAUGGCGGUGGACUCGCCCUCGGCGGCUACGGUGGAUACGGUCAUGGUGUUGCUCUCGCCGCCUCCCCCGCCGCCGGUGUUGCCGUGGCUCCCGCUCUCGUCUCCUCUUCCUACGGUUCCAGCGUGAACCACGGCGUCUCCACCUCCUACCGCACCGUCGGUCUCGGCUACGGCGGUGGAUACGGCGGUGGCUAUGGCGGUGGCUACGGUGCUGGCUAUGGUCUUGGUUUCGGCGGUCUGCGUUAUGCCGCCCCCGCCGUCGUUGCCGCUCCCGUCGCCGUGGCCCGCCCGGUCGCUGUGGCUGUCGCUCGCCCGGUCGCCGUCGCCGUUGCUCGUCCGGCUGUUGUGGCUGCUCCGGUCGCCGUCGCUCGUCCGGCUGUUGUGGCUGUGGCUGCUCCUGCUGUCGCCUACGGUGGCGGAUUCGGCUAUGGCGGCGGCUACGGUGGUGGCUACGGAGGCGGCCUCGGCUACGGCGUCGGUCUCGGUCACGGAGUCGCUCUCGGUGGAGUUGCUGUCGGCCACGGCGUCGGCUACGGCGUCGCUCUCGGCCACGGAGGUUAUGGCGGCUACGGCGGCUACGGCGGCUACGGCUACAAGGGCUAGAGUAUCAAGCUCCCGAAACCAUCACUCAUAAGACUUGCACGAAGACGACGCCCUGUCUGGAGAUCGACUGUUCUCGGGGGGCCUCGGCAAGAGAAGACUUAGUCCAUUUAUAUAAACGAAUCAUAUUGGUUUCCUUCGUCAAUAAAGGACCUAAUUUAUUGCAAAA